UGAACUGGGAGAUGGAGGUUGCAGUGAGCUGAGAUCGCACCAGUGCACUCCAGCCUGGGCAACAGAGUGAGACUCCAUCUUAUAAAAGGAAAAAAGAAGAAAAGAAAAAUUCCAUAUCUGAGUGUUUACUCCUGAGUUUUUGAGAUUGUUAUUAAGAUCGUGCUCUACUGUGAUGAUUUGGGUUUGUUUGAUAAUCAGAAAAAAGCAUAUUCUUCUGGGUGUUCAGCCACACUGCUUUGGUGUCACAACUGCACAUUGGUUUCACAGCUGCAGGACAAAUUCGAGCAUCUUAAAAUGAUUCAACAGGAGGAGAUAAGGAAGCUCGAGGAAGAGAAAAACAACUGGAAGGAGAAAUCAUAGAUUUUUAUAAAAUGAAAGCUGCCUCUGAAGCACUGCAGACUCAGCUGAGCACUGAUACAAAGAAAGACAAACAUCGACUUUUUACCUUAAUCCUUGCUGCAGUAUUUCCAAGUAACAGUGGAGAUAGAUUUACCCUUUCUAAACUAUUAGCUGUAAUUUUAAGCAUUGGAGGUGUUGUACUGGUAAACCUGUCAGGGUCUGAAAAAUCUGCUGGAAGAGAUACAAUAGGUUCCAUUUGGUCUCUUGCUGGAGCCAUGCUCUAUGCUGUCUAUAUUGUUAUGAUUAAGAGAAAAGUAGAUAGAGAAGACAAGUUGGAUAUUCCAAUGUUCUUUGGUUUUGUAGGUUUGUUUAAUCUGCUGCUCUUAUGGCCAGGUUUCUUUUUACUUCAUUAUACUGGAUUUGAGGACUUCGAGUUUCCCAAUAAAGUAGUAUUAAUGUGCAUUAUCAUUAAUGGCCUUAUUGGAACAGUACUCUCAGAGUUCCUGUGGUUGUGGGGCUGCUUUCUUACCUCAUCAUUGAUAGGCACACUUGCACUAAGCCUUACAAUACCUCUGUCCAUAAUAGCUGACAUGUGUAUGCAAAAGGUGCAGUUUUCUUGGUUAUUUUUUGCAGGAGCUAUCCUUGUAUUUUUUUCAUUUUUUAUUGUAACUCUCCUAUGCCAUUAUAAUAAUUGGGAUCCUGUGAUGGUGGGAAUCAGAAGAAUAUUUGCUUUUAUAUGCAGAAAACAUCGAAUUCAGAGAGUUCCAGAAGACAGCGAACAGUGUGAGAGUCUCAUCUCUAUGCACAGUGUUUCUCAGGAGGAUGGAGCUAGUUAGCUGUUUGUUGUCUGUAGCCCAGCUUGAUAAUGGAACUAUACAGCGAAGAGACAAUCUCUGGCAAGUUUUUGUAGAAAAAAUGUUUCAGUGCCUAGUCUGAAAAAUAACAGUUUCAGUUCUUCGAAACUCUAAAAUAUAUUUUUCUCAUACCUGUUUUCUUCAUUUUCAUAAUGAAGCACUUUGCUAUGUAGCUGUGUACAUAUCACUACAGUUAUAGGAAGUUUCAGUCUACAGUCCAUCCAAAGGACCAACCUGCCUUACACAUCUCAAGGAAUUCAGCUGUUGAAAUCAUUUGAACUAAUCAAGGAAUAAAUCCUAAUGUUCUGGGACUUUAUUUUCACAUGUUAAAUGCUGGAAUAUAUUAUGAAAAUGUUUUCAAGAAAUCACUUAAGUGUUCAUAGACCAGUAUUUCUGACAGGUAAAAUGCUAAAAUAAGCUACCUGUAAUAAGUGUGGAUUAUAUUUUUGGGUUUUGUAGAAUAUUGCAAAUUAACUACACAAAAAAUGUUUAAUUUAUGCAACAAGCAUGUUUGUGCAAAUUUCAUGGGACUUUAAAAAGAAUAAGUAUUUGAGAAAAUAUCUGGUUCACUUACACUACAUUUACUGUACUAUUCUUUUAUAGCAUUAGGUGCCUUGUAUUUUAAAUCUGUGACAAACCGUGGCAAAUUUUUAAAGGGGAAGUAUUAUUAUAAAAUGAAGAAAUAUGUAUUUCUAAAGGCUAUAUUGCUGUAAACUUAAUUGAUAAAGCUCUGUUUAAUUUAGAGUUUUGAAGAAAUAGUCUCCCUUCAAUUAAGAAAUUUUCAUAAUGGAAUGAUUUAAAUUGAAGUGACAAAGAGUAUUAUUAAAAUACAAUGUUUAUACGUGUAUUUGUGUAUUGUAGAUGUAUCAAGUGAUUUCUAAUUUUUUUCACAUAUGAAUGUGCCAGAUUACUCUAGAACUAGAUGUCUCUUCUUUAAAUAAUUUUAGUUUUCCUGAAUAAAUUUGUAAUGGUUAAAGUACCAAGUAAGUAAGGCGAGAAGGGAUUCUGUUUUUAAAAUCACAUCAGAACUUUUCCUCUACUAAGAUUAUAAAUUAAAUGUAAAAUACUCCUAAUUGCAAUUCUUAAACUUAGGCCUUACAUGUACUUAUUAUGCAACUGCUCCUGGACUCUAUUCACCAUAGAUAUCAGUAAACGUAUGUCCCAGGAUUCACAGGCUUUUGAUUAAUCAAUAUUCUUUUCAAGUUUUCUGUGUGAAGAGUUUAGUUCUCUUCAAAAUUUCUUAACUAAUCUGAUUUUUAAGAAUUCUCUUUGCAGUGUUUAGCUUCCUAUUCACAUUCUUAAAAUUGCUUUGGUGUUACCAUGAGUCUAAAAUGAAGUUUAGCCUUCCUUUUGUUUCAUUCUGAGAACUUCUAUAUUAUAUUACCUUUAAAAAUUGUUUAUGAUAUUAAAUUUAAAAUACAAACA